UGUCCAAGUGGAUACAUGGGUCCAAAAUGUGAGCAGCUGUGUCACUGCAAUGGUGGUGCGUGCGAUCAAAAUGGUGAAUGUAAACGCGGUGCGCAAUGCAAGCCCGGGUGGUUUGGAUUGGCUUGUCAGUACCGUAAGUUUUGUCAAAUGUAUUUAUUAAAAAUAAUAUAUAUUCUAAUGUUUUUAAUUUUAAACUUAAAAAUUAAAAAAUAAUGAUUAUAGAUUGUAAAAUAAAUUAAAAUAGAUUUAUUCCUUUCAGCGAUUUAAAUAUUAUAUUAUUUCUCUUAAAAUAUAUAAAUCAAGUGCGUUCUACUCAUAACAUGAGUACAAUUUUUAAUGUAUUUAGAUGAUGCUGCUUUCAAUUCACGGGUACACAAUCCACUCCUAGUUGAUCAAGACGACAGCACCUGCUUUGCUCCGUCCAACAGAUAUGUGACAGUUUCACUAGAUUAUCCAAUAUUAUUCACGUGGGCCAGGCUU